AAUAAUAAUAAUAAUAAUAAUAAUAAUUUUUAAGUGUGUGAGAACACUAAUAUUUAAGAAGAAAAUGUGUAAUAUAUUGAUUGUUUACACUUGCAGUGCAUGGACAUUAAACGUAGGGUUGGGGGAGGGGCUGUUUUCCCCCAUCAUGCUCUGUAACUGAUGUUUUUUUUUAGUUGUGGUCAAGUUAGCUAGUUUCGGAUUACGGUAUACGGUACAUGGAUUGAUUUUAUUAUGGACUCCAAAACUGCCAAAGAAAUCAGAGAAUUUCUUCUCACUGGCAAAUACCCUGAUGUUUUUGAUAAGCAUCAGAGGUACAUACUGAGACGGAGGGCAUCCAAUUUCUGCAUCACUGACAACGAACUGUACUACAUAAGACACAGGGGAACCGAAAAAGAGUGCAAGGUGAAGGUGGUGUGUAGUGCGGCAGAGGCUGAUGCUCUCUUUGUCGAGUUUCACAGUAGUGGAAUCGGAGCUCACUGUGGGCAAAUAAAGACAAGGGAUGCAAUCUCUCAAAGAUUCUACUGGCCUGGCAUGUCUGGGGAUAUUGAGAAAUGGGUGUCACAGUGCACAGUUUGCCAGAAAAACAAGAGAGAUAUAAAGGCCAGCACGGAAUACAAGCCGAUCAAGACCAAAGUUCCAUUUGAAUUGGUGGGAAUGGAUCUCAUCGGCAAGCUUGUGAAGACAGAGCAAAACCACCAGUACAUAUGUGUCAUAAUUGACUAUUGUACUAGGUGGACUCAGGCAUAUGCACUAAAAUCAAAGUCUGCAGAAGAGGUCACACAGAGCAUUUUGAAAUUUGUCUACCAAUUUGAAGUGCCAAAACGGAUUCUGACUGACCAAGGUAGAGAAUUUGUCAAUGCUAUUAACUCACAAGUGUGUGAAGUACUUGGCAUUAGAAGAAGUCUCUGUGCCCCAUAUCAUCCUCAAACUAAUGGGUUGGUGGAGAGACUGAACGGAACUAUACAAAGAGCUCUUGGCAAGAUGGUGGAUGAGAAACCUAACAACUGGGAUCUGUACCUGGAUGCAGUAAUGUUUGGACUGCGCACAAAAAAGCAGUUAACCACACGGUUCUCCCCAUUCUUUUUGAUGUUCGGGAGAGAAGCACGUUAUCCUGCUGAGGUGCCAGAGGACUAUCAGGUUGAUGCUACUGUUGAGAAUGUGCUUUCUGAAGAAUUGGUGGCAAUUGACAUUGAGAGGCAUGACAGAAUCCUGAACAUUGUCCAGGAGAAUGUGGAAGGAGUUCAGGAGAGAACAAGAAAAAGGCUGCAGUCAAAACUCCCUCAGCAAAAUCUUCAGGUGGGGGAUGUAGUUCUGAGAAAGAAUAUCCGCAGCCAGCAACGAAAAGGAGGAAAGCUUGACCCAGAAUUCCUCGGCCCCUUUACUAUCACCAAAGUAGCAGGAAAAAGCAUUGACCUUGUUGACUCCAAUGGAAAAGCCAUCCACAAGGUUAACAUUGAUCAUUUAAAACUGUACAAUGAACAGACCCCGAGGAUACCACAAAAGUUAAAAGGGCAUCAUGAUGUAUUCAGUAUCGCUCCUCCCUCAGUCACUUCCUCUCCACCAGCCACUGUCAUCUCCUCUCCACCAGCCACUGUCACUUCCUCUCCACCAGCCACUGUCAUCUCCUCUCCACCAGCCACUGUCAUCUCCUCUCCACCAGCCACUGUCAUCUCCUCUCCACCAGCCACUGUCAUCUCCUCUCCACCAGCCACUGUCAUCUCCUCUCCACCAGCCACUGUCAUCUCCUCUCCACCAGCCACUGUCAUCUCCUCUCCACCAGCCACGGUCAUCUCCUCUCCACCAGCCACUGCCAACCUCCACCCUUCUGUCAUCUCUUCUCCAUUAUCCACUGUUCAACCUGCUGUUCAACCUGCUGUUACCACCUCCCCACCUACUUCCACCUCUUCUCUACCAGUUCCAGUCACAUCCUCUCCACCUCCUGUCAUCUCCUCUCCACCUUCUGGAACCAUCUUUGCUCAAACAUCUGUCUCCUCCUUAGAAAAAUGUGUGAAAGAGGCUUGGGAAGGAAAAAAUGUUCAUGUCCUUCUGUCAAAAAUUGGACCAUACAAAUUGUUUUAUUGGGACAUCGCCAACCUAGCACCCAAUCAACAGGUUGAAAGUGAGGUGAUCAAUGCUUAUCUGAAGCAUAUUGUUCACAAGAAAAAUCAAGAACAUGGAGGCAAACAGGCACUAUACAUUGAUUCUUUUGAAAUGACUGGUAUGUGGCAGGGGAAGAACACAAAACUGAAGUGUGACCCCAAUAACUUUCAAGUGAUUCUGGGAGCUGUAAACGAGCCAAACCACUGGAUACUGACAGCAUUUUUUCCACAACAAAAAAGGAGUUUGGUGCUUGAUUCUCUUGGAAACGCCUCCACAAAAUUAGUCACAUGUGAAAGGACAGCAAGAGCAUUCAUGAGAAAGCGAGGGUGUGAGGUGUCCACAUGGACAACAGAAACGGUUCCUCAUGCAUUACAGACAGAUGCUGUGUCAUGUGGAGUGUUUGUGCUGAAAUACGCUGAGAAUAUUCUGGCAGAGGAGCCACUGACAUUUACUAAUUCAAAAUCAGCUGUUCAGACUUACAGAUGGGAGGUGGCAAUGACUUUGCUCAAGGAGACAGAUAAUCUCGAAGAUGUGUGCCACUACUGUGGAGAAAAAAGUGGAGAAACAGAAAAAAGCAAACGUGGGAAAAAAAAGAAAGGGCAAGCAUGCAAUACUGUCUGGUUACCCAACCCACUCAUUAGGACUCCCCCUAAUACUAGUGAUGCCCCAACACACCAGGAGGAUGAAGACCAACCCCCCCCUUUCUCUGACAGGUGAAGUCAGACUCUGCCUAUUUUUGAACAGCUGCUGAUGCAGCAUUGCCAAGUAGCAUCAUCAGCUCACAGACGCCUUGUGCUGAUCGAAAUCAUCCUUUGGAGUGAUGAGGGGAAAGAGUGCCAUGUACCCACCCAGAGAGAGCAAGGCCAAUUUUGCUGCCUGAGGGUUCCGGUAGCUAAUGGCAACUACAUAAACAGGAUUUGAACCGGCGAGCUCCUGGUCAUAGAGGCAGUGCAAAGCCUGCUGGACCACUCGGAGGCCAUCACUAUGUUUUGUUUUGACAGAAAGGUUUGUGUUUAUGUGUAUGUAUCUUUUGCAUGUUUUCCCAUUAUUUGAGCUUGAUUAUUAUGUAGACUUUGCAAUAAAUAAGUAUUUUCAA